AUGGAGAGCCUUCUUUCCAACAUCAGCUCCACCUCUGACCCAACUAACUGCAGCGCCAGGGACCAGCGGUGGGGGCCAACUUACCUGCACAGGUUUGCCCACCUGGAUGUGCAGCUGUACCAGGACUUCUACGCUCUGUGGGUUUCUCUCAUGGUGUGUAACUGUCUGAUGCUGGUGGUCGGUGUGGUCCUCAACGGUCUGGCUCUCUAUAUCUUCUGCGGGGCCUCCACCCACUCCUCCGCCUCUGUGGUUUACACCAUAAACCUUGCUGUGGCGGAUCUGCUGGUGGCACUGUCGCUGCCCGCUCGCAUCGCUCUGUACCACAGUGGAGGGGGCUGUGUGGCCUGCUCCUACGUCCACACCUUCAGCUACUUUGUCAACAUGUACUGCAGUAUACUAUUUCUGACCAGUAUCUGCGUAGAUCGGUACCUUGCUGUCGUCCAUGCGUCCGGUACUCUCCAUCGGUGCAGGACCAGGGGAACAGCCAGGUGCGUCAGCGCCACAGUUUGGUUCAUUGCAGUCGUGGUUACCUACUCCUUCCAGACCACUGCGUUGGAGUUCAGCUCCUCCUGCGUGCUCCUCCCUGCCCUCUUCUACCUCACCAUCCUGGAGUUCCUGCUCCCCUUGUUGGCCGUGGUGGGCUUCACCCUGAGGGUCGCCUGUUUUCUCACCUCCAGCCCCGGCCUGAUGCCCCAGCAGAGCAGGGCGAGGAGGGUGCGGGCCGUCAGGCUGCUGGCCGCCGUCCUGGUGGUCUUCACCAUCUGCUUCACGCCGUUCCACGUCCGGCAGGUGCUGGUUUACUUCUGGGUCAACGUCGGAGGGGAGGGGCCGGGCCAGGGGGCGGGGCACGUGCUCGCCUUUCACAUCACAGUGACGCUGAGCAGCCUAAACAGCUGCCUGGAUCCAGUGGUUUACUGCUUUGUGACGGACAGCUUCAAGAGGGUGUGGAGGACGAGGAGGGGAGCCAGGGAGGCGGGCGUGGAGGCGGGUCACGCCAGUGGGGAAGAAGGGGAGAGGAAUUCAGUGAAUAAAUGCCCGAGUACGGCACUGGCCAUAGCUCACAGCGUGGCCACAAUCACUCUCUCAAGCUCUCCCCUUGCUGCCGCUAACGUGGAACAUUCCACUUAA